AUGGAGCUGGCUCUGUUUAAUGUGCACGAUGGCUAUUUGGAGGGAAUUGUGAGGGGCCUGAGGGGAUCUUUUUUGACUCGCGAUGAUUACAAAAGGCUGGCCAAUGCAGACACUCUGGAAGAUUUGAGAAGUGCCCUCGAAGAAACUGACUACGGCUUCUUCAUGCAAGACGAGCCGCUGCCCCUCGCAGUGCCCACAAUAGCGCAGCGGGCGCGCAGCAAACUCACUGCAGAGUUCAAGUACCUGCAGUCACAGGCCUACCAGCCCCUAGCGAAGUUUCUAGACUUCAUCGCCGCGGAGAAAAUGCUGGACAACAUGCUGGGUUUGCUGCAGGGCCGCGUGGCCCGCAAACCCCCGGGGGCCCUCCUCGCAGCAGCAGACCCUUUGGGGGCCUUUGAAGGCAUGGGGGCCCUCGCGAGGCUGGACCCUUCAGUAUCUCCGGAGGGUCUUUUCAGAAGUCUUUUAUUGGAGACUCCAGUGGCCAAGUAUUUCGAAAAAGUGCUUUCUCAGGAUUUGCUGCGAAAUUCCCUCAAAAAAGAGUGGCUGGAGGACUUCUACGGCUUUGUACAGACACUCGAAGACUCGACCACGAAGGAAGUCAUGGGGCACAUUUUGAAAACGGAAGCGGAUUUCCGGGUUUUGUCUCUGGCUAUAAACUCCCUCAGCACCGGUCAGCAGCAGCAGCAGCAGCAGCAGCAGCAGCAGCAGCAGCAGCACCUGGAUAGGCACGCGCUCUUCCCCAACUUCGGAUAUCUCUAUCCUGAUGGAACGGACAGAAUCCGAAAAGCUUGGGAUGACCCCACACUUAGGGCUGCCUUGGAGCCCUAUCCCUCCUAUUUGAAUGUCUACGACCAGUGCCGCGCCUUCUACAUCGGAGAUGAACGAGACAAGGCAGACUUGACUUCGCGCUUUAAAACUUUGGAGGAUUUGCUUUACAGAGAAAUGGUCCAAAUGUGCGAACUUACUUUCGAGCAGCAGUUCCACUACGGGGUCUUCUACGCGUGGGUUAAGCUGAAGGAGCAGGAGAUAAGAAACAUCGUCUGGAUAGCCGAGAUGGUAAUUCGCAGCAGCAGCAGCAGCAGCAGCAGCGUCAGCAGCAGCAGCAGCAGCAGCAGCAGCAGCAGCAAUUUAAUUCCGUGUUGUCUUCGGGUGUUUGUUUGCUGCUGCAGAUAUUGA